AUGUCCGUCCACAAGCUCAAAGUCGGUAUGGCUGGUCUUGGCCGUGUUGGCAAGAUCCAUGUCAUUAAUCUUUUGCAUCACACUCCUCGUGCUGAGCUCGUGGCAGCUUUCUCUCCUGACCCUGCAGAGAUUGCCUGGGGCAGACAGAACCUGGAGCCAUAUGGUGUGACUCUGUAUGAUAACUACGACAAGAUGCUCGAGCAUCCCGGCCUAGCGGCAGUAACCAUUGGCACAGCGACAUCUGUUCAUGCCGAGCAGACUAUUAAAGCCAUUGACCGUGACCUCCACGUCCUCUGUGAGAAGCCACUAUCAACAGAUAUUGAAGUGUGCAAAGCGGUAGUGCAGAAAGCAAAGACUAAGCCUCAUCUCAAAGUCAUGUGUGGUUUUUCUCGCCGAUUCGAUGAGUCUUACCGCGAGGUCCAUGACAAAAUCAGUCAAGGCCUUAUUGGUCGACCUUCUAUCAUUCGAAGCCAGACAUGUGACAAGUUUGACCCCUCGGGCUUUUAUGUUGCAUAUGCAGCAUGGUCUGGAGGCGUCUUCGUUGAUAUGUCUGUCCAUGACAUCGAUCUCACCUUGUGGUUCUUCGGUGACGACUCGGUCCCUAAGAGCAUUUCCGCCCACGGAAUUACAGCUGUCCAGCCGGAGCUGAAGAAGUACAACGACUAUGACAAUGCAGUAGGAAUUGUCGAGUUUCACAACGGCAAAAUCGCCUAUUACUAUUGCUCCCGUAUGAUGGCACACGGCCAAGAAGACACGACAGAGGUCAUUGGCACCGAGGGUAAAUUAUCUGUCAACACCAACCCUCAGCGCAACUUUGUCAACUUCUAUCACUCCGGAGGCAUCACACGAGAAGUUCCUAGCAACUUCAUCGGCCGAUUCGGUGCUGCUUUCGUUAAGGAGGCAAAUGAGUUCACUGCUGCUUGUCUGGACAACACGCCUCUUCCGAUUAAAUUGACCAACGCAGUCAAGGCUGUGGAAAUCGGUGCCUACCUUCAGGAAGCCCUAGUAACUGGGAAACAAAUUCACUUCGAUGAGAUUGGAAGGAGGAUUGAGAAGCCUAUGCUGUAA